UCCCAUUGCUCCUGAGGAAGGGCUCUGGAAUGGGUCCACCCUACAGAUGGCCUGCUGUUUCUGAUCUGCCUGAGAAUCUCCAGCUGAGGGCAGGCUCUCUGCCUUGGGGCUCAGAGGGGUGGGGUGCUGGAGGCCUGGUCUGGAAUGGCUCUUCUUGCUUGCUGGCAGUGAUGUUGUUUCUGUGAACGUCUUUUCUCUGCCUGCAGGUCUUGCAAACUCGCUUGCAGGCCGGCACUGGCUAUGGGGACACUCUUAGCUGCAUCCGCAUGGUGUACCAGAGGGAGAACGUGUCCGGCUUCUUCAAGGGCAUGUCCUUCCCCCUGGCCAGCAUCGCUGUCUACAACUCCAUGGUGUUUGGGGUCUUCAGCAACCUGCAGAGGUUUCUCAGCCAGCACCGCUGUGGGGAGGCCGAGGCCAGUCCUGCACGCCAUCUGUCUGAUUUGCUCUUGGCCAGCAUGGCGGCUGGCUUGGUCGCAGUCGGGUUGGGUGGGCCUGUGGACCUCAUCAAGAUCCGGCUACAGAUGCAAACACAGCCAUUUCGGGAAGCCAACCUCGGUUUGAAGCCCAGGGCAGUGACUUUGGGGGAGCCGCCAGUGUACCAGGGGCCUGUGCACUGUAUGGCCACCAUCGUGCGGACCGAGGGCCUGGCAGGGCUGUACCGGGGGGCCAAUGCCAUGCUGCUGAGGGACAUCCCAGGCUACUGCCUCUACUUCAUCCCCUACGUGUUCCUAAGUGAGUGGAUCACACCUGAGGCCUGUGCAAGCCCCAGCCCCUGUGCCGUGUGGCUGGCAGGCGGCAUGGCAGGAGCCAUUUCCUGGGGGACAGCAACUCCUAUGGACGUUGUGAAAAGUCGACUCCAAGCUGAUGGCGUCUAUGUGAACAAAUACAGAGGUGUCCUGGACUGCAUCUCUCAGAGCUACCAGCAGGAAGGCCUAAAAGUGUUUUUCAGGGGCAUCACCGUGAACGCCGUGCGUGGCUUCCCCAUGAGCGCGGCCAUGUUCCUUGGGUACGAGCUCUCACUGCAGGCCCUCCGUGGAGACCACGCCGUGACCAGCCCGUGAGCCUCACGUGUGAGUCUGCACCUCCUUUCUUCAUCGUGGAAAUGUGGCCGUCUGAAAUGUCAUUCUGUCACUGUGGUAGGUGGGGCUGGAGUUCCUACCCCUUCUUGUCCUCAUAUCCCAAUUCUGGAAUGCCUCCCAAGGGCUGAGGUGGGCACAGGCCUCACCUGUUUAUCUCCAGCCCAGCCACCUGCUUGCAGCUUCUUCACACUGG